AUGUGUUUUCCACAGAGGUUGAAAGAAGAUACUGGAGGCAUGGGAUCCCACAAAAGCAGUCACGCUUACAACAUUGAUGAACAUACCAAAGAUCCUAUCUACCAACAAGUCCUACAUCUACUUGAAUGGAAGCAUUACAGCAAGGAACUCUUUACCACUUGUGAUACCAAACAGGAGGGAGAUGAAGAAGCUGUCUAUCAACUCAUGCUACUCUGUUCCACCAUAGCCAAAUUUUUCGGACCUUGUGCCAAAUCUUUGCUCAAGCAACUGGACCUCGGCGCACUAAACCCAGUCACUGACUACUAUGGCUGA